AGCAAUCCGGCGUUGGAGAUGGGUCCGAGCAGCCGGAAAUCGAGCGGACACAUGGUCUUGGGCGUGCCUGACCGCCGCACGAGCUCCACCCUCAAUGACAUCGAUUCUUCCUUUGACCACCUUGACAACGGACGUUACCACCCAUAUUGGUUUGCAUGUUGUGCAUGGUCAUGCUUUCUUCUUUUCUUCUUCAUCAUAGUCAUUCUCUUUGCAUGCAUCACCUACUUGGCACUCCUCAAGUCAGGAAUGCCAAAAGUUUACGUAAGAGCCUUCAACAUUACGCAGUUUCAAGUUGAUGAAGGGUCACAAAAGAUGAAUGCAGUUAUAGGGUUAAGGCUAUUGUUCUCUAACGAGAAUGAUAACCUUAAGCUUUUGUAUGGACCACUUUCUAUUGUUGCCACAAGUGAGGAUAUCUUGUUGGGGAAGAACAACGUUGAUGCCUUCUCUCAAAUGCCCUUGAAUGACACCAAUUUGGACAUGAUUAUGACAGUGAACAAUGAUGAUGUUAACACAUAUGCUGCAGAUGACUUGAAAGCAGACAUCAAAUCCAAUGAAACGGUGUUCGAUGUGUAUGCUGGAGGGAACAUUGGUUUUAAGGUUGGAAAUUUAGAGAUGAACAAUGUCCCAUUUCUAGCCUCUUGUCAUGAAAUCAAGAUGAUGGAUGUGGACUUUGGAAAAAGGCCUCCAUGUGAUGUUAAACUCUUUUCUGGAAGGCCUGCAGCAAAUUGAAGAAAGCUACAAACAAGUUUAGCUAAGCAACAUUUUAUCAGCCUUCAUCAUGGGAGGACAAGUAAUUUAUUGAUAGAG